AUGGAGAAAACAAUCACUCAAUUCAUGAAGAUGACAUGUAGAAAUUUUGAAGUUAUCAAGGUAAGGUUUACAUAUAUAUAUAAGCAAAGUUAUCAAGCUUCAACACAAAAUAAUCGUCACUCUCAAAGAAAAACCCUAAGAUCUCUCUCUUCCAUAUACAACAAUCUCUUCUUCAUAAGCUUCUUCAUACUAAAAGGAAAGGUGAAUAAAAAAACUUAUUCAAGAAAGCACAUAAUAUGGGCCAACCAUUAUGUUUAUCUUAACAAAUUCAAGAAUAAAAGAGAGAAGGGUGUAAGUGCAGUGGCUCUACUAAAGGAUAAAGACGGAUUGGUAGAUGGCAAUCAUAGUUCAAGAGAACCAAGAAAAAAAAUCAUGAAGUCAAAUCAAGUUUCUAUCAUAUUUCAUUAUUUCAAAGAAGAAAGUUGGGCAAAACAUGUCCAUGACUAUUAA